AUUCGAGCUUGAAGAUGAAGAAAUCUUAGAAGACCCGUCGACAUUUGUAACAUUUCCGACAGCAGUUUGCGAACUCAAUCAAACCCCAAAAAUAUAUCAGAUUUUGUUCCGUUUCCGAAAUAUUGAGAAUCCUCGAUUUCUCGUAGAUUGAGAUCUGCAUAAACCCCCCUAACCCCCGCAAGGUGCAGCUGAAAAAUUCAUUCGAUCAAGAAGAAACAUUUCAUGGUAUUCUAAUAAAAAAGAAGGGCGAUGAGAGGAUCAGCACUACUUGAUUUGAUAUUGUUCCUGCUCGUAUCUCCAUUAGCUAACAGUCUCAAGGGAUCUGAAAUCUCCAAGUUCUAUGACAAAUCCCUUUCCAAUCAAAUCUCUCAGCCUGAUGGAGAAUCUGAUUAUGUAUUGCUUUCUACGGUAGAUGGGUCUAUAUCUUUGGUGGAUAUGUCCUCUCAGAAACUGGAUUGGACAUUUCAUACCAAUGAGCCUAUAUACUCAUCAUACCAAGCUCCUCAUUAUCAUUACACUACUGAUGAGGAACGUGCCUCGGCUCUUGGUGAUGACUUUUACAUGGAUUGUGAUAAGAAUUGGCAACUUUACAAUUCCUCUAUGCGUAAAGGCAAACGCAUAACUAAGAUAGUGGAUGCUUCGGAGUUCAUUGGAACGUUGCCGUAUACUUCGACGGAUAGGAUUGUUUUAGGUAAGAAAGACACAUCUGUGUUUCUCUUAGAUUGGAAGACUGGUAAAUUGGUUAAGAGGUAUAGAAUGGACGAGUUAUAUUCUGAUACAUUCGUUGAAAAUGAUAAAGAAAAGGCUAUUGUUUUGUCAAAAGAAGCUCCGUUACUAUUUGGACCGGGGUUAAAGGAAUCAGAAGAUCUUCCUGAGCUGGUUUAUAUUGAGAGGAAAGAUUUUAAAAUCCAAUGUAUAUCAAAGUUUGGAGAUGUUUUGUGGAGUGUUUCUUAUGCUAAGAUGGAAGCUAAACUACAGAAUCAUGAGAGUGUACAACUUCUGGGUGGGUUAUCUUCAUCAGAUGGUAUUCCUAUUAGAACUUCUUGGGGCAAAAACCAGUUACCGGUAUCGUAUACUACAAGUGUUCCUGUGGUCCAGUUACGUAAUGUUAACUAUGAAACACUGUUUCCGAGACUUGGUUUUCUAGACGAGGCGUUGUAUCUUCCAUUUCAAGAUAGAAAACCUAAUCAGUUGGCUCCUGGAGAUGGGAAUCAAUUAGCACUUCCGAGCAAUAAAGAGGCUGAAGAAGUCCUUUCCCUUCCCUUGCCUGAGACUGUAAUAUCUCAGAUCACUGAUGUUAUUGAUGGAAGCACUAAACAGGCAGGCUUUGCUAGCAAAUUUUCUGGUUUGGUUGUCCUACUUUUCGGCCUCUGUGUUACUAUGCUUUCUGUUUGCGGCAUUUUCUUUUGCCGGUUAAGAAAGAGCAUGCGGAUCAAGGAAAUUUCUGAAGUCCCAGUCGUGAUACCAAAGAAGAAAAAGGCCAAGAAAAAUGGGACUAUAAAGGCUGCUCACAAGAAAGAGAACAAAGAUCCCUGUAAUGAAGAUAAUGAGAAGAGGUUUCUUACUGCUUUCCCUGGCCUCAAUAAUAGUCUGGCCGAAGGAUAUAGGGUUGGUAAAUUGUGUGUAUCCAACAAGGAAAUUGCUAAAGGGAGCAAUGGGACUGUUGUGCUUGAGGGAUCCUAUGAGGGUCGUCUUGUAGCGGUUAAGCGUCUAGUACAAACGCAUCAUGAAGUUGCUCAGAAGGAGAUUUUGAACCUCAUGGCUUCAGACAAACAUCCAAAUAUUGUCCGGUGGUAUGGGGUUGACCAGGAUGAACAUUUUAUCUAUAUUUCAUUAGAACGGUGUGCUUGUAGCUUAAACGAUCUCAUCCACGCAUCCUCUGGACUGCUUGAGAGUCCAACAUCUUCAAGUAGUAUGCAUUCGAGUCAGAUCAUCCCAAUCCUCGAGAAUGGCAAAGGAGUUGAGCUAUGGAAGGAAAACGGAUAUCCAUCUACUGUUUUGUUGAAGUUAAUGAGUGAUAUAAUUGCUGGUCUAGUUCAUUUGCAUGAUAUUGGGAUUGUACAUCGAGAUCUAAAGCCUCAAAAUGUAUUGAUUGUUCAGAACUCAUCUUUAUGUGCAAAGUUAUCAGAUAUGGGUAUUAGCAAGCACUUGCCAGCCGACAAUAGUGCCCUGACUAGAAAUUCAACUGGUUCUGGAAGUUCUGGGUGGCAAGCACCUGAACAACUUCGCAAUGAACGGCAAACAAGAGCCGUUGAUCUCUUCAGUUUAGGGUGUGUUCUUUUUUUCUGUAUGACUGCAGGUAAGCAUCCUUAUGGAGACAAUUAUGAGAGGGACGUAAACGUUGUUAAUGAUCGAAAAGAUCUUUUCUUGAUCGAGAGUCUUCCAGAAGCUGUUCAUCUUCUCUCUGGUCUCCUGCACCCUGAUCCAAACUUGAGACCUAGAGCACAAGAAGUGCUGCAUCACCCAUUGUUCUGGAACUCAGACACGAGACUGUCUUUCCUCCGGGAUGCAAGCGAUAGGGUCGAACUGGAAAACCGAGAAGAAGGCUCACAGCUCCUGGCUGCACUCGAAAGCACAGCAGCAGUUACAUUAAACGGGCGGUGGGACGAAAAAUUGGAUAGCAUAUUCUUAGACAAUAUCGGGCGUUACAGGCGGUACAAGUUUGACAGCAUCCGAGAUUUGUUAAGGGUCAUACGGAACAAACUGAAUCACUAUAGAGAGCUUCCUAAAGAAUUACAAGAACUACUGGGGAGUGUACCUGACGGGUUUGAGAGUUACUUCUCAAGCAGGUUCCCAAAACUGUUGAUUCAGGUUUAUACAGUUUUACUUAAUUACUGUAACAAUGAAGAGUUCUUUUUGAAGUACUCUAAGACCACUGUAUUCUAGGACUUCUUGUAUGAUAAAGACUUUUACUAAUAAAGUUAUACCUGAUCUCAUCAAGUAAAAAUAUGUUGCUGCUACGUUAUGUAACUCCUAAAUAUAAUUUUACUGUAAUUUAGAUACUUACAGUAUAA